ACACUGACAGUGACUAGAAAAAACAUAAACAGUUGAGGAAAAAUAGAGAGACUGGGAAAUCCAGCAGGAAUUUGAGACAGUUCGAGCAAGCCAGGAAAGGGCCAAGCACACACAGUAUGUUCCAUUUCAGCGGCUUCAACAUGAUGUUCCCAGAGGGACGCAGUUUCCAUGCCACAUACAAGUGCUUCUCCGUAUCAAUGUUGCCCGGAAACGAGCGAUCCGAUGUGGAAAAGGGUGGAAAAAUUAUCAUGCCCUCCUCGGCGCUGGACACGCUGACCCGCCUGAAUGUGGAGUACCCAAUGCUGUUCAAGCUCACCAACGGCAAGAAGUCGCGUUCCUCACACGCCGGAGUCCUCGAGUUCGUCGCCGACGAGGGUAAAUGCUACCUGCCCUACUGGAUGAUGGACAAUCUGCUGCUUGAGGAGGGCGAUAUCCUCAACAUCGAGAGCGUCUCCCUGCCUGUGGCCACGUUCUCCAAGUUUCAGCCGCACAGCACAGACUUCCUGGACAUCACCAAUCCAAAAGCGGUGCUGGAGAACGCGCUUCGCAACUUCGCUUGCUUGACUAAGGGCGAUGUAAUCGCCAUCAAAUACAACAAGAAGGUCUACGAGCUGUGCGUCCUGGAGACGAAGCCUGGAAAUGCAGUCAGCAUCAUCGAGUGCGACAUGAACGUAGAGUUUGAGGCUCCGGUAGGUUACAAGGAUCACUCGGAAACGCAGGCCUCCGGCUCCGGGCAGAAGGGCUCCGCGGGAUCUGCGGCUGGUGAAGUCUCCGGCGCAGCUAAUACCGUACUUGAGGAGGUGGUUGAAACCUUCCAAGGCUCUGGCGUUCGCUUAGAUGGCAAGAAAAAGAAGGAGAGCCAGCUGGAGACGCCGGUUCUCAAAAAGGUUCUGCCUCGCGGUGUUCCCGAUUACGAUUUCGAGUUCGGCCUGAUCCGUUUCGACCGUAACAUUCGGCCCAUCAGCGACAGGGGAAGCGAGGAAGCCGCCGGAGCUGGCAACGCGGACGGAGCCGAUGCCGAGAGCUUCCACGGCACUGGAUUUUCCAUGAAGAAAACGCGCAAAUAGAUCUAGUUCUAGUUGUAUAAUGUGUGAAACAUAGAAAUUAAAUAAAAGCCUCACAGGGGCAGCGUCA